AUGGCGAAAAAUAAUGCUGAACAGGGAUCUCAAUUCAUUGACAUGCGCGAAGAAUACAAUGAGCUCAAAAAAACCGAGCUGGCGAAUGCAAAGAAGUCAGGGAAGAAGGACAAAAAGAAGAACAAGGAUAAGGUAGCUGCAAGUGGGAGUAACUAUCUAGCUGGUAUGAAGGCUCCGACACCAGAGGACUAUCUGCCGUUUGUCUAAUACAGACUGAGAGGUAGGGUCUUCCCUGCGCGGCUUCCGUGGCUAGUUUUCACUGGUCUCCAAAUCCUUUUGAUUUUCAUAAAGGCAAGCAUGUUGCGCUUGUUAUCCCCAUACAGAAAUCGGUCCAUAUUUAUUAGUAUCUAUUCGUAUUAGUUUACUUUUGAUUACAGUUGCAUGGUCAUCGACAUCGUUGCGUCAUCGUCUUAUUUUUUGCACUGACUUGCAUAUCGAUGUUGAUCGAGUUUGAAAUUAAAGCAUCCGCCAUGGCUCGCAUGAAAAUAGGUCCUGAAAUUAACCAUGAUAUAUUGUCUUAGUCUUCCUUCUACGUACAUGUCAUUCAUCCUCAUUUAUGGCGAUAGCCAUGUAAAUGUUCCGAUAACUGCUUCUAAGCUCGCACUUUCAUUCAAUUCGUGCUUGUGCAAAAAAAGCGUGCAUGCACUUGCACUAGUUACAUAUUCACUAUGCUUUGUUUGUGUUUCGUUUGCUUACUCAUCAAUCUAUAUACUCAUUAAUUCUUAUUACACGCGAUCGCGAAACCAAAACCGUUGGUAUUGUUAUUUUCAUCACGAGACCGAACCCGACGAUGACGAUGAGACUGAAAACUUCUACACGCCAAGAUUCGUUCCUAUUUCUAAUACAGCGACAGCAGAGGAC